AUGAUUCCAGGUCUACAACAACAAACAACAGUUGGAGAGUACGCAAUGGUAACACGAAUGGUGAAAAGAAAAAGGGCUCAUUUGGUGGUGAAUUCGACUUGUCGUGGUUAUCAGGAAAUUCAAAUCGAAGAUAUGCAUUUAAAGAAGAUGGAGAAGCAAAUGCUAAAGUUGAGAAGAGGUGGAAAACGAAGGAGUUAUUCGAAAAGAUUUUCCGUUGACAAUUUCGAUAUCAAUGGUGAUGUAUAUUAUAAACGUAAAAGUAUGGGAUUAGGAUCAGACAGUGAAAGUGCUAAACAUAUCAAAAUAAAGGUCACUUCUGAUAGUGAUUCUGAUAGGGAAAAUUCACUUGAGACUGACAAUAGUAAAUCGAGAAGUAGACGUAGUGAUUCACAAAUGGAAACUACUGUUCGUCGGAAUACUUCUCAAUCUACAGUUGGUGAACCUAGAGGAUUGUAG